AUUGAACCGAGGAGAAUCGGUUUAAGCAUAAGUAGUCAAACAGUGGGAGCGCACAAAUUGCCUAUCAAAUUACGUUCCCCGGCUAUGAUCCUUUACAAAGCGCGUUCUAUCUGACCCAACUUAAAACGUAGGCCUAUAAUAUGAAUUAUUUUAUUCGAGCGAUGUUUAUUGACAUGGUGCAAACUAUUUCUAUUAGGUUGUGAUUCAUUUGGAAUAAGACACGUCGAGGGAUACAUUGAAAAAGCGGUAUGACACUUAUGAUCGGUUCCUGGCUCUGUCUCAGCCCCAUUGGAGUUUCAUGCUAAAUCGUGUAACAGUGAGGGGAAGAACUUGAGAGGAGAGCACCAGACAGGACAACAGAUAAGAUAACAGAAGGUUGGACUGCUUCUCUGACCACCAACUGUGGGACUUCUAAGAGGCUUUAAGGUGAUGUGGUCUCUGUGUUUGGACAGCUCAGCCAUAGUCCCAGGCAGUGAGUUAAGCCCUACAGGGUGAGGCCACUGCUACCAGCCUGCAGCUAUGGACUUUGAGGAGAGUGGUCCUCCUUCCUCCUCAGUGACAUCGCUGCUCCUCUCACCAUGCUGAACGAUGCUUCCUCUGUCAUCUACAUUGUGCUGGAACUGCUGAUCGCCAUACUAUCCGUGCUGGGCAAUGUGCUGGUGUGCUGGGCCGUCUGCCUCAACAGCAACCUGCAGAACAUCACCAACUUCUUUGUGGUGUCCCUGGCGGUGGCAGACAUUGCUGUGGGAGUGCUGGGUAUCCCCUUCGCCAUUGUCAUCAGCACGGGCUUCUGCUCAAACUUCUAUGGCUGCCUCUUCAUUGCUUGCUUUGUGCUGGUGCUCACCCAGAGCUCCAUCUUCAGCCUGCUGGCCAUCGCCAUGGACCGCUACAUCGCUAUCACGAUGCCUCUCAGGUACAAUAGCCUGGUGACGGGCCAGCGUGCCAAGGGAAUCAUUGCUGUCUGCUGGAUGCUAUCCAUCAUCAUCGGCCUGACCCCGAUGUUGGGCUGGAAUAAGUCCACUGAGCGCCCCAACAGCACCUGCCCCCCAGGCCUGAUGGAGUGCCUGUUUGAAGAGGUGGUGGUCAUGGACUACAUGGUCUACUUUAACUUCUUCGCCUGUGUGCUGAUGCCUCUGCUGCUCAUGCUGGUCAUCUACCUGCGGAUCUUCAUGGCAGCUCGGCAUCAGCUGAAGCUCAUAGAAUUGAAGGCUGUCCACGGGGGGAAGUCCCACUCCACCCUGCAGAAGGAGGUCCAGGCGGCCAAGUCGCUGGCCAUCAUCGUGGGCCUGUUUGCCAUCUGCUGGCUGCCGCUGCACAUCAUUAACUGCUUCACCCUGUUCUGCCCUCAGUGUGCCCGCCCGCCCCUCUGGAUCAUAUACGUGGCCAUCAUCCUCUCCCACGGCAACUCAGUGGUCAACCCCUUCAUCUAUGCAUACCGCAUCCGGGAGUUCCGUCACACCUUCAGGAGGAUCAUCCGCCGCCACUUCCUGGGCCUCCACCGCCGGCAGCUGUUUGAGAGUGGUGGCAGCACUCGCACCUCCACCAACAACAGCAUCUGUGGCUCAGUGAGGGUUAAGGCCAACUGCCUCAGCUUCGACCUCCACACCGAGCACAACACAUGUAGCUGUGAGAGCCAUGUCACACCUGCAGGGGCCGUUCUGACCUCAACGCCCAUUCACAACCACCCUCUUUCCGUGAUUAGUUUCCACAAUCAUAAUGUGAGCCCCCCUCUGCCACAGCCUCUCAGACAGACACAACCCUUAUGUCAUCCCCUGCAGUUUGGGGACCACCAGCAGUCUCCUGAAGGACCAGAGGUAGAAGAGGUAAAGGACAGGCAGGAUCUCUCCCCUGUUCAGGUCAAAUCACUGUUCUAUAAACAUAAAACCUGCUUCACCAAGCUUUCUGGGGUGUCGUGAUGGAUACAGAAUUGGCGCCAGACAGCUACUAAGGAUCCCUUAACACCUGGCCUUUUGUGUGAAAUUACUCAGAUGCUGUUAUUUUUUUAGGAGUCAACUCUGAGUGUAAUGGUAGAUUACUGGGUAGGCAGGCUCACAAGCUGAAGAUCAGAGUUUGGAUGCAUCUCAUGUUAUCUAGAUGGCCUAAUGCCACAUACUUGGAGGCAUUCUAUCAGCAGGGAUUCUAAUAGUGGAUCCGAGCUCCUACACAAAGGCAGCCAUACAAAACAAACUGUAUAUGCACCAUUUAUUUUGUAUUUCAAUUGGACCUUUCAGCUUCUUGAAGCAAAAAUCGUUGUAGUUAUUUAUAGCAGAAAUGUGACUUGAAUGGUUCAAUGUGAUUCUGUUUAUGAUGUUUAUUCUCUUGGUCUGUGACGUCAUGUGGUGCUUAGAUCUGAAGCUUCACAAUUGGCUCUUGUUCUUUGCCACCUAGUGAGCCCUAAAUAAAUAACAUUGACGUGAUUGGAUUACUCUUGUAUAUUUGGGGAUGGCAGGGAUGUUUCAAGCGUGUGAUAAGGGGACAGUACUAUUUCAUUGAUUUAGCAUGUUUGUGUCCCAUAUAGAUGGACGUGAUGAGAGUACAUUUCCUUUAGACGUUCAGGUUUAUGAUCUUGCAAAUGUAUGAAUGCAACAAAGCUCAAAUCUGCCUAGCUAAGAGUUUUUCAAUGAUAAUGGUUUUAAACUAUUUUGAGGAAGAUCUACUAAUCUACCACUGUGCACUUUCUUUACAUUACACUUCGUUCAACUUGUCUAACUGUCACUUUCUCUACAUUACACUUCGUUCAACUUGUCUAACUGUCAGUAGCACAAACCUGUGCAGAUCAUUCAGAUAUCACAGACAAUUAAAUGGUACAAAUAAAUAAUGACAUACACCUUAUAUUUUUUACUAAAAUGACUCUCUCGCAAGUGUUACAUAUCUAUGGCAUUCUGUGCAUUCUCACAUUUCGGAUGCAAUGCAUGCAGCAAUACCUCCUGUCCAAAAAUAAAUAUAUUUUUUAAGUAAAUCUG